CUUGACCGAAAGUAAACAACAUUUUACAUUGUUUACAAAAUGACCAAAGCAAAUAAAACUCCGCAAAAAGCCAGUGAACCCAAUAUAAAUGCCUUCCUGACACCAGUUCGAUAUCUGGACAGUCCCCGCCUGCAAUCGCCCACAAGUCAUGAUUCCAACUUGGCCACCUGCAAAACGAGAUUGGAGACGAUAGUCAAGCAACUCCAGGAUAAUUACGCCAAAUGGCAAUUGGCACAGCAGCGGGGCACCGCCAUUUGCUAUGCCAUUGAGGCCAAAAAAACCAAGUGCCUGGAAAAAAGCCAGGACGACGGGGUGACCUCCAGUUAUCCGGAUGAUCUGCUCCUGCCGUGCAACAAGUUGGCCAUUAUAGCCUCGAUUUUCGGGGAUAUAGCGAAUAAUACAAAGGAGAUCCUUAGACAACUUAGAGCAAUUUGUAAAUUGCCAGGCGCCGCAGCGGGUACGAUAUUCUACAGGUCCUGGAAGUUGCCACAAUUUGUGGCAUUUACCAAAGAACUUGCAGAAAGAUAUGAACAGGAGGCUUUGGUCAAGAAGGAAGUUGCCGAAAACAUUGCUCACUCGACGGAAAGAAGCCAACUUAUCGCGUUUACUACUUUAUGGGAGUUUCCCGAGCACGUGGAUUCCUAUGUCCAGUUGGGUUUUCUCCUUCUCGCCGAAGAAGUCAGUUUAAGGCAAUAAAUACACCAAUUUUUCA